CCGGGUGAGCUCGUCCCCCCGCGGACACCAUGAGCGACCAAAGCCACUCCUUGGAGGAGAUGACUGCCGUGGUGAAGAUCGAGAAGGGAGUCGGGAACGGCGGCAACGGGGACGGGAAUGCCGGCUUCUCCCAGGCCCAGAGCGGCAGUCCGGGGAGCACCGGGAGCAGUAGCGGAGGAGCAGGAGCCGGAGGAGGAGGAGGAGGAAGCGGAGGAGGAGGAGGAGGAAGCGGCCAGGAUUCGCAGCCGAGCCCCCUGGCCUUGCUGGCGGCCACCUGCAGCCGCAUCGAGUCGCCCAACGACAACAGCAACGCCUCGCAGGGCUCCUCCGGCCAGGCGGCGGGCACCGCGGGCGAGCUGGACCUGGCGGCGGCCGCCCAGCUGGCGCAGGGCUCCAACGGCUGGCAGAUCGUCUCGGCCGCGGCCCCCGCCAAGGAGCCGGCGGCCGGCGGGGCCGGGGACCCGUCCCCCAAGGCGCGGCCGCUGGCGGGCGGCCAGUACGUGGUGGCCACCACGGCGGCGGCGGCGGCCCAGGGCCCCGGCCAGCCGGUGCUGGCGGGCCUGCCCGGGGUGAUGCCCAACAUCCAGUACCAGGUGAUCCCCCAGUUCCAGACGGUGGACGGGCAGCAGCUGCAGCUGGCGGCCACGGCGGCGGGCGCCCCGGUGGCCCCGGACGGGGCCGGGGGCCACAUCCAGAUCCUCCCCGGGGCCAACCAGCAGAUCAUCACCAACCGGGGCAGCGGGGGCAACAUCAUCGCCGCCAUGCCCAACCUCCUGCAGCAGGCCGUGCCCCUGCAGGGCCUGGCCAACAACGUCCUGGCCGGCCAGGCCCAGUACGUGGCCAACGUGCCCGUGGCCCUCAACGGCAACAUCACCCUGCUGCCCGUCAACAGCGUGGCGGCCUCCCUGGCGCCCGGCUCGCAGCCGGCCGUGGCGCUGAGCGGCUCGGGGGGCCAGGAGGGCGGGCCGCCGCCGGCCACCUCCGGCUCGGCCGCCGCCGCUGCCCAGCCCGGCUCGGGCCCCUUCUUCACCAACGCCAACAGCUACCCCGCCACGGCCGCCACGGCCAGCGGCAGCGCGGGCGGGCUGGGCUUCGCGGCGGCCCCCGCGGCCCGCCGGGGACGCGGCGGCGGCGGCGGCGGCGGCGGCGGCCUGACCCUGCCGCCGGCCGUGCCCAAGGAGGGCGAGGGCGGGCCGGCGGCCCAGCCGCCCCAGCAGAUCCUCAUCCAGCCGCAGCUGGUCCAGGGGGGCCAGGCCAUCCAGACCCUGCAGGCCGCCCCGCUGACCGGCCAGACCUUCGCCCCCGAGGCCCUGCAGAACCUGCAGCUGCAGGCCGUGCCCAACUCGGGCCCCAUCCUCAUCCGCACGCCCACCGUGGGGCCCAACGGGCAGGUGAGCUGGCAGACCAUCCAGCUGCAGAACCUGCAGGUGCAGAAUCCCCAGGCCCAGACCAUCACGCUGGCACCCAUGCAGGGCGUCACGCUGGGCCAGGCCGCGGGCGCCGCCCCCGCCGCGGGCGGCGCGGCCGGCGGCGGGGCGGCCGGGGGCGGCACCCUGACGCCCAUCGCCUCGGCCGCCUCCAUCCCCGCGGGCACCGUCACCGUCAACGCCGCCCAGCUGUCCUCCGUGCCCGGCCUGCAGACCAUCAACCUCAGCGCGCUGAGCGCCUCGGGCAUCCAAGUCCACCAGCUGUCCGGCCUGCCCCUCACCAUCGCCAACGCCACCGGCGAGCACGGAGCCCAGCUGGGCCUGCACGGGGCCGGCCCGGACGGGCUGCACGACGAGGCGGCCGGCGGAGACGACGGGGACGCCAGCCCGGACCCCCAGCCCCAGCCCGGACGGCGCACCCGCCGAGAGGCCUGCACCUGCCCCUACUGCAAGGACAGCGAAGGACGGAGCAGCGGCGAUCCCGGCAAGAAGAAGCAGCACAUCUGCCACAUCCAGGGCUGCGGGAAGGUGUACGGCAAGACUUCCCACCUGCGGGCACACCUGCGCUGGCACACGGGCGAGCGGCCCUUCAUCUGCUCCUGGAUGUUCUGCGGCAAGCGCUUCACCCGCUCCGACGAGCUGCAGCGGCACAAACGCACGCACACCGGUGAGAAGAAGUUCGCCUGCCCCGAGUGUCCGAAGCGCUUCAUGAGGAGCGACCACCUUUCCAAGCACAUCAAGACCCACCAGAACAAGAAAGGCGGGGCGGGCGUGGCAGGCGUGGCCCUGAGCGUGGGGGCCCUGCCCCUGGACAGCGGGGCCGGCUCCGAGGGUGGCGGGGGCGGCGGGGGCCCCCCCGCCCCCCCCGCCCUCAUCGCCACCAACAUGGUGGCCAUGGAAGCCAUCUGCCCCGACGGCAUCGCCCGCCUCGCCAACAGCGGCAUCAACGUCAUGCAGGUGGCCGACCUGCAGUCCAUCAACAUCAGCGGCAACGGCUUCUGAGCCCCCCCGGGGCCCGGCCGGGGGU